AUGAUACCCAUGCUCAUGGUCACACAGAACAAGGACCCCACGUUUACCUCUGCUCAACCCUCCAUCAACUUCCAGCAACGCUUCAUCUCCACCUCCGUCGCAAGGAAAGACGCGCCCCAGGUUCCCGACUUCUCCGCCUACCGCACAGACCCGACAGGCAAUCGCGCCUUCUCUUACUUCAUGGUCGGCUCGCUCGGUGUCAUCUCCGCCUCCGCCGCCAAGUCCUCCGUGUCCGAGUUCCUCCAGAGCAUGGCUGCCUCUGCCGACGUCCUCGCGCUGGCCAAGGUCGAGGUCGAGCUGGCGAGCAUCCCUGAGGGGAAGAACGUCAUCAUCAAGUGGCGAGGAAAGCCCGUGUUCAUCCGUCACAGAACUGCGGAUGAAAUCCAGGAGGCGCGUUCUACGGAGUGGAAGAGCUUCAGGGACCCUCAGUCCGAUGAGGCUCGCGUGAAGAAGCCUGAGUGGCUCGUCAUGCUUGGUGUCUGCACUCAUUUGGGAUGCGUGCCCAUUGGUGAAGCUGGUGACUAUGGAGGCUGGUUCUGUCCUUGCCACGGUUCACAUUAUGAUAUCUCCGGCCGUGCUCGCAAAGGACCUGCUCCUCUUAACCUUGAGAUCCCUCAAUAUGAGUUCACUGAAGGCGACUCUAAGCUCGUUAUUGGAUAA